AUGAUGCGUCCCACUCGUUACGUGGUCACGGCCUUCGCCUUCUUGGUUCUAACAAGUGCCGAUUCUAGAACCAAUGUCGACAGUGAGACGAACAAUGAGGCAGUUAACAUUUCCACUCUGCAUUCUCCUCUGGAACUUACUGCGUUCGACGGGCCAGGACACUUGCACUCGCAGGACUCUACAGUGGCAGCGAGCGACUUUGUUCACCGCCGCGACGAGGAGAGAGGGUUGAACGAUGUAGUGUCACACGGGAGCGCUGCAAUUCAUCAAGGAUUACAGGGGGAACUGAUAGCCUUGCAGAAAAAAGCAUAUACGAACUUUCUGGAGCAUGUUGAUGUCCCAUCGGGGUCGAAUCAGGAUCUCACCUUAUUUCAGAAGCUCUACGAGUGGUCUGCGUAUGUGGAGUUGUUUAACAUUCAAACUCGCGCGUUCGAAGACGUUGAGAUACUUGAGCAUAUGGUGAAGAAAUUUAAAGUCAAGAGGGUGAUAAAAUUUCUCCAUUGGCUUGAGAGCUUUCCUCCUUCGAAGGAGCGCGCCAGCAGCUUGCUGGAAGUGAUAACUAUGAAAAACUCGGAAGACGCCGAAAAGAUCAAGCAAUUGUGUUUGACAUGGGAAAUAGGACCGGACGAGAUUAAUGAAUUAAUGCCCAUUGCAGCGAUGGGGAGACUGACAGGUGAAGUAAAGAAAAAGGCAGCGUGGAGUUCCGUCGAAGUCGAACUUUCUUCGUGGUUGAAAUAUGUUCUGGAUUUCAACAUGAGCUACCCGGAGAAAUACUUCGACAGCAAAUCCGUUGUGACCUGGCUUUUGAACAGAAGAGGGGUGGAUGAGACGACCGCAAUUUUUGAGCAGUUCCUCGAAUCGAGACCAAUUAUCUAUGAUUGGGAAAAACAGCUGGUUGCUUUACACCCUGCGACCUUGAGUCGGAUGCUUCCUAGGUGGCUGAAAGCAGAUGUGAAACCUAGGGAUGUCUUAAGGAUAUUGCCUCGCGCAGUGGAGAUUCGUGCGCAUGGUGUUGGAGGGUCCACGAAGUGGCCUGGCAUCCGUCUCGAGCUCAAGCUGUGGAUUGGAUAUUUUAAAGGGUGGAACCGUAAACAUUCUAUCGCUCUUGCUGGCAAAGAAUAUGCUCACCUUUUCUCAGAAGAGAUCGUACUCGACACACUGGAGUUUUGCAGUGGAGCAGAAGAAGUGAAUGCAUUCCUUCACGGUCUUCGAGCCGAUAACGAGUUGAAGGAUCUGGCGUCAAAGAUGGAGAAGUUAUUGCCUGCCAGACGCAAGAAGCUAAUGAAGAUCAAGUUGCUGGCGGAAGCGAAGGCAGGUCCUGCAGAAGUGUUCAGGAAAUUGCCCAUUGCAAAGGUGGAUCGCUCGAUUGCGACAUUUGAUCGCGCAGGGCGCGCAAAGCAAAUAGAAGAUCCUGAAGUCUUCUUCAAGAAACUCAAACAGUUUCUUGGAUAUGUGGACGCAUACCGAGAAAAUUACGGUGAGUUUAGUGACAAUGACGUCGUCCAUUUGUUGGACAGAGCGAGAAGAUCGCUGGCGGAGGUAUUUGCAUAUCUUCAAUUGUUUGAAAGCGUCCCUGGAAUAGAGACGCGCGCAGCCCAACUACUAGAAGCGUUUCGUGAAUAUCACAGAAUAGGUUCUUUCGGUUCUUUGCAGAAGGAGACACGUGAGAUCAUGCAGCGGAUACGUUUUUAUUGUUUAUAA